UUGUUCUCUAGGCAAUUUAAAUGCCCCGACUUCCCCAAAACCGUUAAACAAAGUUUCGAAUAAAACGCUUCGUUUUGUAAUUAUUUUUAAAAAAGUAGUAUAUCAAUGAUUGUCGCUUAUUUACACAAAUCAGGAAUUUACAGUUAUUGUUGACUCGAAAUUUUCUUUUAAUUCAAGCAUUGCCUCGGUGAGGUUUCCGAUAUAAAACCUUAGCACUUGCAGUUAACCAGAAUGUUGAAAGGAAAAGAAAAUUCCGCUCAGGUAACAACACAUUUCGGUAUUCUGGAUAACGCUACAAAACCAUUGAAAUCAAGGAAUGCCAUGAAUAUACAGGAAAACGAUAAGAGUUCAGUGACUUGUAAUAAAGAAUUGAAAAUGGACAAUGAUAAUUUAGUGAAAAAUCCAAUUAAAAGUAAUCUUAAUGAUAAUAAAUCGAGUGUAAAAUCGCCGGAUUUAAUGCCACCACCGAAAAUGCCACCUACAUCGAAAUCGAGUGAUUUAAGUGAACAGAAAAAUAAAAUUCUAGAAAAAGGAUGUAUUGAUAAAAUGAAAGAGGGUACGAAAAAAUGGGUGUUGACUGAUUUCGACAUUGGCAGACCAUUGGGUAAAGGAAAAUUCGGAAAUGUUUAUUUAGCUAGACAUAAAGAUACUUCAUUUAUUAUUGCAAUGAAGGUACUUUUUAAGGAUCAAAUAAUAAAAGCUGGCGUUGAACAUCAAGUGCGUCGGGAAAUUGAAAUUCAAACACAUCUUAGACAUCGUAAUAUUCUUCGCAUGUAUGGCUAUUUUCAUGACGACAAACGAAUAUAUAUAAUUUUAGAAUAUGCGCCUAAAGGAGAAUUGUAUAAAGAAUUAAAUGCUCAAGAGAAUAAGAGAUUCGAUGAAGUUAGGACAGCUACCUACAUAACUCAAUUGGCCGACGCUUUGAGAUAUUGUCAUAAAAGAAAAGUAAUACAUCGUGAUAUAAAACCGGAAAAUCUCUUACUCGGUCUUCAUGGUGAAUUGAAGAUUGCCGAUUUUGGUUGGUCCGUUCACGCUCCAUCAUCACGACGGACGACAUUGUGCGGAACUCUAGAUUAUUUACCGCCUGAAAUGGUUAAAGGACAUACGCAUAAUCAUACCGUGGAUUUGUGGUGCAUUGGAGUUUUGUGCUACGAAUGCUUAGUUGGAGAACCUCCUUUCUUAGCGAAAACAUACGAUGACACUUAUUUAAAAAUCACAAAAGCCCGUUACAAGUGUCCCGCAUUUGUUAGCGAAGGUGCACAAGAUUUAAUGGCGAAGUUAUUGGUAGUUGAUCCUGAACGACGACUGAGUUUAGACGGAAUUCUUAAUCAUCCCUGGAUUGUUAAAAAUCGUACAAUUGAACCGACACAAACAUGAAAAGUAAUGAAAUACCGUGGGUUAAAUGAAUAAUUGAAUGUAAUUUAUCAAUCUAAUGUUUUAUUUUAUUAUAUGACAUUUAAUUUAAUUUUUAAAAACAUUUUUCAGAUAUUUUCUCUUUAUUACGAAUAAAAUUUUUAUUCAAGAA